AUGAAGUUACUCGGAAAAAAGGAGGAUCCGCGUACGAAGGUGCGAGAACUCCAGAGGAAAAUGCGGCGGGAAGAGAUGAAACUGGACCGCGAAAUUAAUGCGAUUCAGCAGAAGUCAAAGCAGUCUGAAAUAGAGGUAAAACGGUACGCGAAAACCGGUAACAUGGAUGCAGCAAAAUUACUUGCGCGCCAAAUUGUCGCCUCUCGCAAGGCCGUUAAUCGAUUGUACUCUGCCAAAGCAGAGCUUCAAACAGUCUGCAUGGACUUGGAUCAUCAGAUAGCAGUGAUUCGGAUGUCUGGCGCCAUUAAGAGUAGCACAGAUGUGAUGAAGUCAAUGUCCAAUCUCAUUAAGGUAAGUCAAUCUCCGCCAGCCCUGUGCCUCUGUUGUUUUUCACACAAACACGCAUGCCUGUAUCUGGGCUGUUAA